CUUCAGUACCAGUCUGGUAGCAGUUUCCACCACACCUGUGGCGCCACUCUGAUCUCCAGCCAGUGGGUCAUGACCGCUGCUCACUGCAUCAGCAGCCGCAACACCUACAGGGUGUACCUGGGCAAGCACAACCUGAAGAACAACAACGAGGAGGGUUCCAUGGCUCUUACUCCCGCCAAGAUCAUCGUCCAUGAGCUCUGGGAUUCCUACAGAAUCCGUAACGACAUUGCCCUGAUCAAGCUUCAGAGCCCUGUCGCCUUCUCUGACUCUAUCAUGGCUGCCUGUCUGCCCGACUCCGGCAUCGUCCUGCCCCACAAUGCUCCCUGCUACGUCACUGGCUGGGGACGCCUCUGGACCGGAGGCCCCAUCGCUGACACACUGCAGCAGGCCCUCCUGCCCGUGGUCAGCCAUACCAACUGCACCAAGCCCGACUGGUGGGGCAGCCUUGUUACCAGCAGCAUGGUCUGUGCUGGUGGUAAUGGAGACCUUGCUAGCUGCAACGGAGACUCCGGUGGGCCCCUGAACUGCCAGAACUCUGAUGGCUCCUGGGACGUUCACGGUGUGGUGAGCUUCGGCUCCAGCAUGGGCUGCAACUACCCCAAGAAGCCCUCCGUCUUCACCCGCGUCAGUGCCUACAUUUCCUGGAUCAACAACGUGAUGACCAGCAACUAAAUGAUGGAUCUGAUUGUAUCGUGGUGGGCAGCUGUCAG